GACCCACAAGAUCCCAUGGACAAGUUCAGAAGCUAUUCAGCAGAAACUUCUCCAAUGGAUAAAAUCAAAGAGAUGCAAAGAUUUUACGGGCUGAAGGUAACUGGUGACCUGAGCCCUGAAACAAUGCAAAUAAUGAAACAAUCCCGAUGUGGAGUCCCUGAUGUUGCUGAGUACUCUCUCUUUCCACGCAAAUCCAAGUGGAACACCAACAUCAUCACAUACAGGAUUCUGAACUAUACCCCGGAUAUUUCACGUGCUGAUGUGGAUAUAGCUCUAGAGGGAGCUCUCAGGGUCUGGAGUAGGGUCACUCCACUGACGUUUGAAAGACUUUAUGAAGGAGAAGCUGAAAUGAUGAUCUCCUUUGCUCCUAGAGAACAUGGAGACGGGAAUCCAUUCGAUGGACCUGGCAGUAUACUGGCCCAUGCUUUCGAACCUGGACCAGGAGUUCAGGGAGACACUCAUUUUGAUGAAGCUGAAACCUGGACAAUGGGAUAUGAAGGUUAUAACCUGUUCCUGGUGGCUGCUCAUGAGUUUGGCCAUGCACUGGGACUUGCACAUUCGAGAGAUGCUGGAGCUUUGAUGUACCCCGUAUACGCAUAUACCGAUGUUACUCGGUUUGCUCUUCCACAGGAUGAUGUGGAUGGAAUCCAAGCUCUGUAUGGUCCAUCAAUUAAUACUGAUCCAAGUUUACCCAAGCCACCGGCAAGAGCACCAGAGAAAUGUAAUCCUAAUUUGGAUUUUGAUGCAGUUACUAAACUUCGUGGAGAAUUGAUAUUUUUCAAGGACAGAUUUCUUUGGCGCCGACACCCACAAGAGGUUGAACCUGAACUCAUAUUAAUCACAAUAUUUUGGUCAUCAAUCCCUCCCAAUAUCGAUGCUGCCUACGAAAACUCAGAGAAUGAUCUCCUUGUUAUUAUCAAAGACACAAAAUACUGGGUCAUCAAUGGCUAUGAUAUUUUACCGGAAUACCCUAAGAAUUUACACAAUCUUGGUAUUCCAAGAAACGUUGAGAAAAUAGAUGCAGCUCUACACAUUCAGGAAACGAGGAAGACUUUGUUCUUCAUUGGAGAUGAGUACUGGAGUUAUGAUGAAAUUAAGCAAACCAUGGAUAAAGGUUACCCAAAACAAAUCAUGGAUGACUGGCCAGGAAUUGAUGGCAGGGUGGAUGCAGCCUUUGAAAGUCGUGGAUACACUUACUUAUUUCAUGGGCAAUAUUUGUAUGAAUUUGACACCAUGAACAGUCGACUGCUUAGAAUUUCCCGGGCCAAUAAACUGCUUUGCUAA